GAUGCGAGGCAGCCAAACCAGGCUCGGACACGCAGCGAGUGACUUACCGUUCUCUAAUUCGGCUGAACCCACGACAUCUCCCUCCCCCCCGCCACCGGAAGCUCACACCGUCGCUCAAGAUGGCGGACAUUGGGGUUCAGGCCAGCAUCCACAAGAACGUGAAGACAACGCUGCCCAGAAUAUACAACUACAUCGCCUCCUCGCGCUUCCAGGAUGUGAACCUUGUGGACAGACUUUACCCCGAUUCUAGACCUGUCACACUAUCUCACUGGACUCUGCCGGGAGGCGAGGGGGCGUGGCAGCAGUGGAGCUUCGAUCAGAUAGUGGUGCAGGAUUUCAGUCCUGUCGGUAUUGGCGAUUCCUUCGGACCGACCUGGACGACGCACUGGUUCAAACUCGAGUUUCUUAUUCCCGAUGAGUGGGCGGGUUCUGAGGUGAGGCUCCGAUGGGGAUCCAACUCGGAGGCGACUGUCUGGAGCGCCGACGGCCGGGUGCUGCAGGGGCUGUCCACGGGCGACGCCGUCUCUCGCCGCACCGACUACCCGCUCACCCGCAGCCACCAGGCAGGGGCGCCCCUCUCGGUAUACUACGUCGAGAUGGCGGCCAACAAGCUCUUCGGAGCCGGCCCGGGAGACCAGAUAGAUCCUCCAGACCCUGACAUGUACUUCGUGCUUAGUCGCGCCGAGAUCGCCCAGCUAGACGCGACGGUGUACAAGCUGACGCGCGACCUAGAGGUCCUUCACCAGUUGGCACAGGAACUGAUCCCCGACCACCGGGGCUACCAGGCGCUCUAUGCUGCCAACCAGAUGGUCAACUCUAUUAUUGCAGGGAAUGAAAGUGAAGCCAGUGCCAUAGCCGAUGAAUACUUCCGGAAGGGCAAUGGACAGAGAGCCCACACUUUGGCUGUCAUUGGGAACUGCCACAUCGAUUCCGCUUGGCUCUGGCCUUACUCGGAAACCAAGAGGAAGGUUGCACGUAGUUUCUCGUCGCAGCUGAAGCUCAUGGAAGAUUACCCUGAGCACUUAUUUGUGGCUUCACAGGCGCAGCAGUGGGCUUGGUGCAAGCAGUAUUAUCCAGAACUGUUUGAACGAGUGAAAACACAAGUGGCUGCAGGGAAGUUCCUUCCGGUGGGUGGAACGUGGGUGGAGAUGGAUGGCAACAUCCCUAGCGGAGAAUCUUUCAUCAGGCAGUUUCUUUACGGACAGACAUUUUACCAGAAAGAAUUUGGUAUUACUUGCAAAGAGUUCUGGCUGCCGGACACAUUUGGUUAUUCAGCGCAGAUUCCCGCCAUGAUGCGGCACAUGGGCCUUACCCGUUUUCUGACACAGAAAAUGAGCUGGAGUCUUGUGAACAAAUUCCCACACCACAAUUUCAUCUGGGAAGGCAUAGAUGGAAGCACCGUACUGGCGCACUUUCCUCCUGGGGAUUCCUACAGCAUGUUUGUCACGGUGGAAGAGGCACUGCGGACGGUGAAUAACCUACAAGACAAGGGCAGGGCCGGGAUCUCCGCCUUCCUUUUUGGCUACGGCGACGGAGGUGGUGGGCCUACGCAGGAGAUGCUUGAGAGACGCCAGCGCCUCCAGGACACUGAUGGCUGCCCAAAGAUGGAAAUGAGCACUCCAGAUGAUUUAUUUGGCCAGUUAGAGGCUGAGCAGCACAACUUCUGCCGAUGGGUAGGUGAGCUGUACUUGGAACUUCAUAAUGGCACCUACACCACGCAGGCUGCUAUGAAAAGGCUUUGCCGGGAAGCAGAGUUUCGCCUUCGCGAUGCAGAGUUCCUCCUGUCAGUGGGAGUGGGCCAGCUGGGAAGCGCAGCCGACCAGCUUCUCAGCGAGUCCCUGGCAGAGUUAGACAGUGCCUGGAAGAAAGUGUUACUGAACCAGUUUCACGAUGUGCUGCCUGGAUCAGGAAUAGGCAUCAUUUACCCUCAAGCAGAACAGUAUUACCAAGAGGCUAUUGACACUGCACUCUCUGUCUGGACCAAGGCAGGUGAUGCCAUCUUCGGAACAAGCAGCCCUACCGAGCAGGUUGUGGUGAACAGCCUGCAGUGGCCUCGUAAGGAGGUGGUCAAAAUACCGGUGGAAUAUUCUAGGAAAGACCUGCCGGGUGUUGUGCAGCGCACAGAGGCAGGGGAACAGUACACCCUGGUUGAUGCGCCUCCUAUGGGAUCAGGUCCCGUCCUGGCCAGCACUCCAUCACAAGACGUCACUAUUACUGAAGCAAACGGCUUCUUCACACUGGAGAACCAAAUGCUAAAGGCUACAGUGAACCCCUGGGGGCAAGUCGUCAGCCUCCUCGUGGCUGGAGACGACAGGGACGUCUUCCUCAAGGCGGACGGCACACAGCUGUUAGGGAACCAGCUGGUGUUGUAUGAUGACGAGCCUCUGUACUGGGACGCGUGGGACGUCAUGGACUACCACUUAGAGACACCAAAAAUCAUCAAUGCCGAAGGGUCCGGCUUCGCGGUGACCCCCGUGGCAGCCGUGGAGAGCGGGCCUCUGGUUGCCAAGCUGAGGUGGAGCGUCGAGAUCAGCCCUUUCUCUACACUCUCUCAGGAGAUUGAGCUCUCGAACGAGUCUCCUUUCCUGGCAUUCAGCACGUCUGUCUCUUGGCACGAAAACAGGAAAAUAAUGAAGGCGCUCUUUGAUACCAAUAUCCACGCCAAUAGAGCGUCAUUUGACAUCCAGUUCGGCCACCUGGAGCGACCCACGCACAUGAACACGUCGUGGGACUCCGCGAGAUACGAAGUGUGCGGCCACAAGUGGGCAGAUCUAUCAGAACCGGACUGGGGAAUGGCCGUCCUCAACGACAGCAAGUACGGCUGGAUGGCCAGGGGGCACACGCUAGCCCUCUCGCUGCUCCGCUCGCCGAAAGCCCCCGACGACCAAGCCGACAUGAAGGAUCACUUCUUCAGAUAUGCCCUCAUGCCUCAUACAGGUACCCUGCAGGAGGCGCAGGUGGUGCGGCGAGCGUAUGAAUUCAAUAACCCGCUGAGGCUCCGUCAAGCCCCAACGUCAAGCGGUUCCUGGUCGGCGCUGGAGAUCGAAGGCGCAGGCGCAGUGCUGCACACCGUGAAGGCCACCGAGGACGGGUCGGGAGAUGUCCUGUUGCGCCUUUACGAGAGUCACGGUGCAAAGACGAAAGUCACAUUGCGCAUAAAGUUACCAGUGGUUGCGGUGAAAGAAAGUAACGGCAUGGAGGGAGUAGGACCGGAGCUGAGCAUCACGCAGGAAGACGAGGCAGCGUCCGUUCCACUUAGCCUUACUCCCUUCCAGAUCCUGGCGCUUCGGCUCUCCUUCAGCGAGAGCAAAACGGAAAACUAGCAACAGAUUAUACUUAUGGUCUUCUUGCUUGAUUAUUCUCUGAAAUAAUGUUGCUUAUGUACUACGCAUGAAUGUAGUUAGACUUAAAUGGGCUGUAAAUCAGCAUACAAGAUGAAUUUCAGAUACAAGGAUGUUUUCACAAAAUCAUUGAUGUAAAUCAGAAAAAGAAGAGGCCCUAACAGUGACCCUUGAGGUACACCAUGAGAUAAUGGAAGUAAGUUGGAUCCAUUAUAUGAAACAAACUGAUUUCUAUUUGGCAGAUAUGAAUGAGACAAGCGGUGAGCAGAGCCCCUGACCAUAAUGAGAUAGUUUUGAGAGCAGAAUUGGAUGAUUAACUGUAUCAAAAGCCUUAGAUAAAUCUAGACAUACAGCAAUAGUGAAUUCGCCUUGUAGAUAUGGUUUGUAAAAGACAUAGCAGCCAUUUCUGUUGAUUUAUUCCUUGUAAAUCCAAAUUGGUAAUCUGACAGAAUACUGUUGCGUAUGAGAUAAUUUUCCAAUCUGAUGUAAAUUAUUUUUUUCUAGAAUUUUACUUCUUACGGGUAGAACUGAUACUAGUCUGUAGUUAUGAUUAUGGUUUUGCAACCUGAUUUGUGAACUGGAGUAAUCUUUGCAGUCUUGAGUUUAUCUGGGCAUAUAACCGUAGUAAGUGAAGUGUUGCACAAUUGGAGCAGAGACGGGAAAUGGCAGGCAAAGUGGAUUUAAUUAUUGGUGCUGUGAUGCCAUCAUAACCGGGACCAUAGCCUAAUGACUAAUAAAAAAUAACAUUU